AUGAUUAAACUAACGCAUAAAACAUCAAUCUAUUUAAAUAAGUUAUCAAUCUUUAGUGUGGGAAUAUUAAUUGGAACAGUGUUAUUAAUUUUAUUACCUGAAGCUUUUGAAAUAUUAGUGAUUACAAAUUUUAAAAUUAAUAAAUUUAAUAUUGGAUUUCCUAUAUUGAUCGGAUUUUUAUUGAUGCUUGUUCUAGAUAAUGUAUUUAAUAGCGGAAAUAAAUAUUUAAAUAAUAGUGAAGAAGGAUUGACGUUAUCAACUAACAACAAAUUUAAAUCUAUACUUGAAUCGUUUUAUUCAAUCAUAAACUCACCUAUAUCAUUAAGCUUGCUUAUACACGGCUCAAUUGAUGGAAUAUCACUAGGCUCAACAUUUGUAUCUCAAAAUGAAGCAUUAAAAUUGUUAUUAAUUUUUGGGAUCAUCAUUCAUAAAUUACCAACUUCAUUCAGUUAUGGAAUAAUACUAACUAAAGAAAAUAAAAUUCAAGGCAAAUUUUUAAUGUUACAUUUGAUAUUAUUUGCUAUUUCUACUCCAUUUUUUACAUUAUCUACAUUUUCAAUGUUGACAUUAUUUCAUUCAGAUGAUAAUUUUGAUUUAAUAAUUGGUGAAGUUUUACUAUUUUCAAUUGGGAAUUUCUUAUAUAUCAUUUUGCAUUUAUUAAAUCAUAUCGUCUUAGAUUCAAAAGAUUAUACAGACAAUGACAAUAUAACCACCAGCAUUAAUGACAUUGAUCAAUUUAAUAUUGAUGACGUCCAUAAUGAUGUAGAAGGAAAAAAUAAAAGGUUUAAUAUUUUGAUUCUACUAAGUGGUUUAAUUAUACCUAUUAUAUUAACUUUUAUACAAGAAUAA